CCCUCCAUUACCAUUACAAUACAAUCAAACUCUAAAACUCUCUCGUUCUUCGAAUAAUCUCACUCAUCAAGCUUCCAUUAAUCUUACAAUUACAAAUUCCCGAUCAAAACAAUGGACAAACUGAAAGUUAAAGUGGAGGAGCCGAUGGCCGCCGGCACGGCGGCGGGCGCGUCGUCUUCUUCUUCUUCAUCGUCUUCGAGCAUCACGCCGCAGCCGAUCGACGGUCUCCACGAUGUCGGUCCGCCUCCAUUUUUGACGAAGACCUUUGAAAUGGUGGAAGAUCCAUUUACGGACUCCAUUGUUUCGUGGAGUAAAGCUCGCAACAGCUUCAUCGUUUGGGAUUCUCACAAAUUCUCAAGUACCUUGCUUCCUCGAUACUUUAAACACCGUAAUUUCUCCAGCUUCGUUCGUCAGCUCAAUACUUAUGGUUUCCGGAAAGUUGAUCCUGAUCGUUGGGAGUUUGCGAAUGAGGGAUUUCUCGGAGGACAGCGGAAUCUGUUGAAAACUAUAAAGAGGAGGAGGCAUGCAUCCCAGAGCUUUCACCACCAAGGGGGAACUUGCGUGGAGCUGGGGCAAUUUGGACUCAAAGGCGAACUCGAAAGGUUGAGAAGGGACAGAAGCUCGUUAAUGGCGGAAUUAGUGAGAUUGAGGCAGCAGCACCAAAGUUCAAGAGAGCAAGUAACGGCCAUGGAGGAUAGGCUACAGAAUGCAGAGAGAAAGCAGAAGCAGAUCAUGACAUUCCUCAGCAAAGCCCUAAAGAAUCCUUCCUUCAUUCAGAAAUUUAUCCAUAGUAAUCAAAGAAGAGAGCUGAGAGGCAUCGAAAUCGGACGAAAGCGAAGACUAACUGCCAGCCCAAGUGUAGAGAAUCUCCAGGAAGAAAAUGUACUAGUUGCUGUAAGACAAGAAGAAGUAGAAACUUUGGAGCCAGAUAUAGAGACGCUGUUAACGGUCAACUUAGAAGACGAGUCAAGCAGUGAGGUCAAGGACCCAGUUUCUGAUGGCAUUCCCAUGGCAGCCAUGGAUUUGGGUCACUAUGCUCCUGAGGAAUUAUGGGAUGAACUUUGGACCGAAGAUCUUGUGGCUGGAUAUCCAGAGGAGGAAGCCAUAAUCGUUGGUGAUCAAUCAGAAGCUGAUGUGGAAGUGGAGGAUCUGAUAGCUGAACCCCCUGAUUGGACUGAGGACUUGCAGGAACUCGUGGAUCAAAUGGGUUUUCUCAGGUCGACACCAUAGAUACAGCAACUCAGAGAGUGAAAUCAAUCAUUUGCUCCUCGUCCUGUGGAAUGUUUUAGCAGAUUGUAUGGAAGGAAUGGUGGAGGUUGCAGAGGAGCCCCACAUUGUUCCCGUUUCGCCUAUAUCCUUUAAAGUUCAUUGGUUUUUUAAUAUGUACUUCAAUAUUAUUGGUUGAGUUAAAUUGGUUUAUUGGUUACUUCUUUUCCUCCAUGGUUUUAUUUGCAGGCCUAUGCAGAAAAGGAAGCGUGCGAGAGAAGAUUCAGUCAUUCACUGAUGUAUUAACCAUUGAGUCAGAGUAAUUUGCACAUUCUUUAACUGAGAAUGAAUACUUGCCAUUCUUGUGAAGAAAACUAGAACCAAUUUCAUGUCUCAAGUUCAGUGAGGACCACAGGUAGAAAGGACAAGGGGUGAGUUAAAUUUACAUGUAAAUGCGACCCAAAUCAGAGUGUUAGGGGCCCCAGAGGGCAGGAGUCUAAACCCUUCUAUAUAGCAGCU